AUGGCGGAGAAUGCAAAUCUAUGCUUUCGGAUAUUCUCGUCAGUUAAGGGACUACAAGCGGAAAUGGAUAAGCAGGCGGGAAGUCCUGAAGUGGACGAGCUCGUGAGGGAAGUGCGUCGCGUGCAGUUCGAAGGUGUUCAGAGUGCCUACAUCGAGGCGUAUUGGGAGUACGAUGCGAUCGUGCGGAGGUACGAGGAGGAGGUGAAGGCGAAAGUGGCGAGCAAAACAGUUUCCUUAGAAGUCAUAAAUGAACAAUCCACCGAAGCCCAGCGAGAAGACUUACAACAAGACGACCAACAAAACGAACCCACCCAGCUUCAAGUCCAACUCACCGCAGACGACUCCAUCGAACAGGUAGAGCAAGUCCUGGACCAGCUGGUCGAUCGAAGCCAGGAACUUGCCGCACUGGAGGAGUCCCUUCUAACCAUGAGGAACCUGUUCGUUUUAUUCUCCACACUGGUUAUGGAGCACGGAAGCAUCCUAAAUCUGGCGGAGGGGAAUGUCCAAGUUGCCUCGGAACACGUGGCCGCUGCCGUGGUGGAGCUGAAAGAGGCCCGAAAGUAUUACCGGAGGACGAAUAGUUGCCGAUGUUGGUGCAUUGACAUGAUGACGAUUCUGAUGGCGAUCCUAGGGUUGUUGACGGCCAUCUUGUGCUGGAUGGUAGUGAAGAAGUUCCUAUUAAGAUUUGAUUGA